GCCGACCGGAGUCGCCUCGCCAGCCUACCUGCCCGCCCGCCAGCCUCCCGUGCGCUCCGUCCGUCCGCCUGCCCGUCCGUCCGCCCGUCGCGGCUGCUCCUCGCCUUCAAAUGCGCCUGGCGGAGAUGAUCAAGAAAAUGGGUCCCAGCGAGCCGGAGCUGAACAUCCCGGCCAAGAACUGCUACCGCAUGGUGGUCCUGGGCUCGUCCAAGGUGGGCAAGACGGCCAUCGUCUCCCGCUUCCUCACCGGCCGCUUCGACGACCAGUACACGCCCACCAUCGAGGACUUCCACCGCAAGUUCUACAGCAUCCGCGGCGAGGUGUACCAGCUGGACAUCCUGGACACGUCGGGGAACCACCCCUUCCCCGCCAUGCGGCGCCUCUCCAUCCUCACCGGAGACGUCUUUAUUCUCGUGUUCAGCCUGGAUAACCGCGACUCCUUCGAGGAGGUGCAGCGCCUGAAGCAGCAGAUCUUGGAGACAAAGUCCUGCCUGAAGAACAAGACCAAGGAGAACAUCGACGUUCCCCUGGUCAUCUGCGGGAACAAAGGCGACCGCGAUUUCUACCGCGAGGUUGACCCGAGAGAGAUCGAGCAGCUGGUGGGACAAGAUGCUCAGAAAUGCGCCUACUUCGAGAUUUCGGCCAAGAAGAACAGCAGCCUGGAUCAGAUGUUCCAGGCCCUCUUCACCAUGGCCAAACUGCCCAGCGAGAUGAGCCCCGACCUCCACCGGAAGGUCUCCGUCCAGUACUGCGAGCUCUUGCACAAGAAAUCGUUGAAGAGCAAGAAGCUCCUGAAGGAGAGCUCUGAGGACGGCAGCGGGGACGCCUAUGGGAUCGUGGCCCCCUUUGCUCGCCGGCCGAGUGUGCACAGCGACCUCAUGUACAUCCGGGAAAAGGCCAUCCGGGGCGGGCAGGCCAAGGACAAAGAGCGGUGCGUGAUCAGCUAAGACUCCUCUCCUGGCCUUCGAGCCUUCCCAGCGAACCUGGGAAGAGAUCGUUUCAUUCCCAAAACUCUGCGAGCCCUUUUGGUGGCGUGGGCCCGUCGCCAUCCGAGAUGGCAGCCCUUUUCUGCAUGGGGCACGGUGCCUCCUAGCCAUUAGCGGGGGCGUUUUCAUCUGCUCCCCAAGAUGUAUUUUAUUUUAUUUGGAGGAGGAGGGGCCACGAUUGCUGCCAAGAGCUCCUUGGCAAGGAGUCAGCGGAGAACUGUGGUGGAGAUACUCACUGAAAACAUGCUGUGAAGGGGAGGAACUUACUUCUCUUCUCUCUCUGUUGUAAAGAUUUUGGCCGGGGCGAGCUGGCUGGGAAGGGAACAGCCGACACCGGACUAUCAAGAUUCUCUCUGCAGCCGCCUCUGUGUGGUGGUGCAGAAAGAGAGACCAGCUUUGCUGCUGCUGAAAGACUUGUUGGAGGGGCCACGGCCCUUCGGUCCCACGUACCCCUCCCACUGCAGGGACUCGGGGCUGUUAGGGAGGGGCUUGUUGUUGGAAAAAUAACUGUUUACAUUCAUCCUUCUUUGUCUUGAUUUUUCUUGCAAAAAGAAAAGGAUUGCAUCCAAGCGGACUGGCACUUUAUAAUGUAGAAUCUUUUGGUCUAGGGACAUGAACAAAAUCUUAGCUAAAUGUUUCUACAAUGUGUGACACUGGUUCUAUUUUUUGUUUUGUUAUAUUUUCUAUAAAAUAAAACUUUUGAAAAUAA